UGGACAUUGAGUUCAAGAUGUUUACUAAACAUCUAGUUUGUCCAAAAGUCAGUUUGAUAUUUAUCCUUGGGAGCUGUUGAGUUCAGCUAUUAAAGGAGAGAGUGCAAAAGAGAAGAAGACCCAGGACAGAAUCCUGAGGGAUUCCUAUGAAAAGAGGAUGUGAUCUGGAGCAAGAGCUAGCAAAGGAGGCAGAGAUGGGAGGGGUCAGAUAGGUAGGGGGAAAACCAAGAGAACCUGGUGUUCUAAAAACUUAGAGUAAGAGGAGGAGAAGAGGAUGAUCCACAGAAGAUUGCAGAAAGGAGGAAGAGAAUGCACAACUGAGAAAAGAACACUGGAUUUGGUACCUAAGGAGAGAGAGCGAGAGAGAGCAGUUUGGUAGAAUGAUAAAUUGGAUUGUAUGGGGUUAAAAAUGAGAGUAGAGAAAGUAGAAGCACCUUUUGUAAAUGGCCUUUAUGUAUCUACUAUUUUUGUAACAUCUUGAGGGUGGGGACUUUAUAUUUAUUAUACAUGGCCUCUCUUGAGUUGUUUUUUUUCUUUUUCUUUUUUUUAAGAUCAUGUCUUGGAAAAAUAUUUGGCAUGUGGGGUCUCUGGUAUAGAAAAGUGGUUGGAUUCACCCCUCUGAACCUUUUAAAAGCUCAAAUACACACAUUUUAUUGCUUCUAGGAAAGAGCUUUCCAGACUACAGGAAAGCAUUUAAAAACACAGUUGAGUAAAGUUGAUCCAAUACAAGUUCACUGUUUUAAUUUAGAACUUCAGCCCAGGCACAUCUAAAAUUAGGUUCAGCACAGAAUAUGUGGGGAGUUGGCAGUCUCCUAGCAGCACUGUUGGAAAAGGGAAGAAGAGGCCCCUUGUGAUUUGUUGACAUUUCUCUGAGCCUGCCCAGCGGUCUCAUGGUGGGGAAUCACCACUUCACAGGCUGGGUGGAAGGGAAGGAGGGCUCCUGGAGGCUGGCUGGUCUUGCUGCUAACUGAACAGUGUUACACUGUUUCCUACUAAUCUCUUUGGAUGGGAUCAUGAAUUGGGCAGUGUGCCUGUGUUUGAUAGUGCUAAGGAGCAAACGGUAGUUCCUUACUCUCCCUCUCUUGGCAGCUUUCCGUAGUAGUCCAAGGGAGGCAUCCGUGGCCAGGCUUUUAGGUGAACCUAGUUAGUCCACAGACAUUUGUUCCUCUAGCCCUUCUUCCCUUGGCUUUUGCCUUCUGAGCGGCUGAUGCUGUUAGGAAUGUCUGUUCCAGGGGGAGAAGCAAUAGGGGAUUUGUGGCCUGCCGGUUGGUUCAUGGCCACUGCUGCCAUUGUUCAGUUGAGUUCUUACUCUCUGGGAUGGAGGCAGUCACUUCCCAACUGGUUCCCUUGUCUUGGGUUUUCCCUUAGCACACACAUCUCCACUGUCCUUUUUCUAAUACAUGGCUCUGACCACCCAGGAUUCUCAGAAAACUAACCACUACGUCCAAAUGAACUGUCUAGCUGCUGUCUAAGACCCUUUUCAAUCUACGCCACUCUGAUCUCACGUUAGGGGAAUAACUCGUUUUAUAGAUGAGGAAAGUGAAGUCAUGGAACUGGCAUCCCCUUCUAAAGACCAGAAGAUUCCCAGGCUGCGGCUGCAGCUUUAACGAGCCAUUUCCUAUUUCUGUAACCAGGGAAGAGUCCCUUAAGCACUCUGGGCCUCAGGUUUCUCAGCUGUAAAAUGGGGUUAGCCUGGAGGAUGCUUGCAGUGCCCGCUGUACUCCUGUGAACUCUUCCAGCAAGCCUGAACCACAGCCUGCUGGAAUGGCUUUUGCAGUCAUGUAGUAUGGGGAGAUCCGUACCCCAAUGGAGGUAUUCAUAUAGACGUACACCCAGAAUGAAGAGUGCUGGGGGAGCUGGAGGAGCCGCCCCUCCGCGUCCCAGUUCCCCUUCUCAGGCUCGGACAGGGACAGCCCACGCGUCCACCAUGCCUGGCCAGAAGCUGGAGCGAUGCCCCGCUGUGAGUGUUUGGUGCCUCAGCCCGCCUGGUGAGCGAGCCUGCGUGCAGCGUGCCCUUCACCAAGCCUCAGCCAACACUUGGGGCCUCGCGUGUUUCCUGUUACACUGAGACCAGGGGGACGAACGGAGUUGGGCGGAGGGACGCCGACCCUAUAGCCUGGCAACAGUUUCCAUUCUCGAAGACGCUGGCCGGGGCUGCGCCUGCCCUCUUGUCUUUGGGGCUGCUGGGAAGCCCGGUGCGUGCGCCCCGGCCCGGCCGCUGCUGCCGUGACGCCUCCUCCUGGUCAGACCAGAGCUCACGACCCUGAGUUCCUGUUCAUGCGGCAAUGACCCAAGCUUGUGGAAAGAAACCUUACGUAGUGAAGACAUGCUCAAAACAGAGGACUGUUUCAAUCUUUACAAAUCACAGAUAAAUUGUAAGAAGCAAGGAAUGGACAGCCAAUUAUUCAGUCCUUUCCUGGGUGAGAUUACUGAUACACCACCUCUAGAAUCAUCCAGUUUAUAUCCCAACUGGUCAAUUUAUGGAGAUGAUAUUAGCCCACCCACCGCCUUUCAAGACUGUACCAAUAAAAGGGCACAAAUCAAUUUAUCUUACUCAGGAAAUGGUCCUGACAUGUUUGGAUUGGCUUCAAGCACUUUGGAGGAACCAAAUAGCCCAGAGCCUUUCACAGACUGGAAUUCUUUGGCCAGUCUUCUUCCUCCCACAUGGACACCUAACUUUGGUAGUGAUGGUGACUAUUCAGGACCCCCUCUCAAGAAUUCUGUUGAAGAUUUUCCAGACUUCAUUGAAACACAGAAUUUCAAUCAAGAAUACUUUCAGACAUCUCCUGAGAUGGAGAACUUACAAAGUGGGUUCGAUGACCUUAGGUUGGUAGAGUCUUGGACAUCUCCUUCAGACCAUUCCAAUCAGCUACCUGAAAAUAUUUUCAAAAGCACUUAUCUGGAAAAUUCUGCUUUUAAAACCAAUCCUGUUAUUCAACCAAAAGGGUUUCCUUUGCAGAAUGCAGAAUUCAGUCAGGGUGAGACUAAUUAUGAGAAAAUGAAAUUAAAUAAUGAUUAUGACAAGAACUGUGCUGAUCUUAACUCUUAUUUUCAAAGUAGAUAUAAAAAUAGUACUAGUAUUCAAAAGGAAUCCUGGAAACCUGAGAUAGCAAAUGAGAAGAUCAUGAAAAUGAAUCUCCAAGAACAAAUGAAGUACUCCAAUGAUGUGGGCAGUCUGGCUGCUGAUCCAUAUAGAUUUCAUGAAAGCUGUUUACUUCCUAAAAGAAAUGAAGGUGUGAUACCUUCUCAACCGAUACAGUUGUCUGUUCCACCUCCUCUAUGCUUUAUUAAUCAACCAUUUUCUAAAGAAAAUUUGUCAGCAGUAGUCAAUGGGAAAUCCCAGGAAACCAGCCCAGCCAGUAACUUCAAAUUUAUGGACAACUUUGAAGAUAAUGGAUGCCAACUUCCCAUAAAUGCCAAAGAAAUUCCUUUGAAGCCCCUUGACUACAAUCUGUCUAUAAAUACUGCUUUACAGAAUGGAAACUGUCAGUCAUUCUUCAGGGAGCAUAUUUGGGUGGAUGGUAAUGUGUUAAGUCCAAUUCCAACGGCAAACUCUUCAUUUGUAAAGCCAAUAACAUCAGGCUCCCAGGUCUCUUCUGGAGUUUCAGCCUUGUCUGGUAGUUCUCCUAUGCACCAGUCUGUGUUUUCUCCUUCAUAUUACCCACAGACACCACCAAUACCCUUUUUCAGGAAGGAAGGAAGGUUACAAAUGCCAAAUGGUGUUCCUAAUGGUCUGAGGUUUCCCAAUUCUGACACUGAAAAUCAGAAACCAAAUAUACAAAUGGGACAUUUCCCCCAUGAUCCAUCGGCUAUCAAGGAUCAUCACUCUUGCAAAAUUCCUGCCCAUUUGUCAUCCAGCUUCCUGUUACAUCAGAAUACUGCUAGUGAAUUCUCUGAAAGAUAUCAGAAACUCUGCAAAAAACAGAAUCUAGCAAAUAGUAAUAGAGAUGACAAAAAGGGGAGGAAGAACUUGAUUCCCCAACCUAGUUACAUAGGUCAGAAUCGUCAGCAGUUUAAUAUAUUCCAAAAGAAACAAGAAAAAAGUAGUGUUAACAUGUCAGAUUUCAUCAAUCCUUCCUUUCUUCCUGCUUUCCCUUUAGUGUCAGAGAUUAAGCAAAACCCUAAUUUUACCCCAUUUAACCUUUCUCCCUUUGUGUCAGCAGCUAACUUUCCUUUUCCUCCAUCAACAUUUCCCUUUUCAGAACUUGUUGAUGUUUUUCAUUAUGGUGACUUUAACAAUUUGAAUCCCGUCGUUAGUGAUUUGUUUCGUAGGGAGGUAACACCACCAUACUUUGCCUUUCCACCACCUUUUAACAAAUACCGGCCUCCAAGAAAUAGGAGUGGACCUGCUAAUGAACUUCACAUCCAACUGGAGGAAUGCUACGAGCAGUGGAGAGCUCUAGAAAAAGAAAGGAAAAAGAGUGAGGCAGAUCUCGCAAGAAAUUUUCCAGGAAAGAGGGUCUCUAGUUCAAAUAAUACUUCUGUUUCCAGACUCCCUGCCAAUCCUUCCCGAGUCGAUCGAUUAAUUGUGGAUCAGUUAAAGGAACAAGCUAGAGUUUUGACCUUACUAAGAAGGAUGGAAAAGCUUGGUGGUGGUCCUCUCCAUGGAAAUAUAUCCAUUACUCUGGAACACCAUUUAGAAGCCAUUCAUGCAACACAAGCCAAGCGUAAAGAUGAACUUAUUAAUGUUGCUAAUCAUCCACGACAAGGAAUUCGUUACAAUAAUGAAAAAGAUGUCCUGGCUUUGGCCCUGGUCAUUAAGGAGCUUGCUGUGGCCACACGGAAGACACGGACGGCUUUAUGGUGUGCAUUACAGAUGACUUUGCCCAAAACUUGCUUCAACCUGCCUGUGAAACAGGAAGAGAUUGAAAGGGUGCUGCAGGAACUGUGUCCCCAGAAUGCUGGUGCCCCAGAGAAGACAAUGGUGGACCAUAAAGAUCAUGGACUAGAAAAGGGAAGUGCGGAGAGCACAAAGUAGAUCCUUGAGGCAUUGCUGAAAUCCUCAGGGCAGAAGCACUUUUCCAAUUAUAAGAGUUUCCAAGUUCUCAAAAAAAAUUUAAAAAUAAUUAAUGACUGCAAUUGGGUUACUGUGAUUUCAGAUGCAUAUUUCUACAGAGUGAUGAUUAUGGCUUUUAUAAUAAUAUUGCAAUAUAUUUGCUGUGAAAUAUUGUAUCACUUAGGAAGAUGGAAAUAGAGGAAUUUUCUUUGGUUCUUUUCAGUCCUCAGUUAACUUCUCUACCUUUAACCAUCAACUGGGAAAAGGAUAAUUAACCUUUGUAACUGACAAAAAUGAUAGCAAAGUAUCUUGAAAAUAAAUUUCCCCCAGAAUGUCUGCAAUGGGUACAUUGAGGUUUUUAAAAGGUAUUUAAAAUCAUUUGAGUACCAGACAUUUGAGUUUUGGAUGAUAUUUUUGCCCUCAUGUACCAAAGCAGGAAAUGGGAAAACUUUCACAUUUUCCCAAAUCAUUUAAACUAUAGUGACUUAAUUUGAGGAAACAUUUCAUGUAAUCAUGUGGUCAGUUCAGGAUUUUCAACUGAGAUAAUGAUCACAGUUGAAUUUCAAUUUCACUAGUCCCUGAGAAAACAAAGGGCCUAAGGAAUUUAAGUAGCUUGUUAAAGUUGCCUUUAACAGGUGAAUUAAAGUACACUCAGGUUUCGAAAUCACAUUUAUGAAUUCCUCAUGAUGGAUUUUAAAGUAACUUUAACUUAGUAUGCACUUAAUCAAAAGCAUGGUUAUAUGUAUUAAUUUUUGGUACUAUAGUUUCAUAAACUUUGCAUAUUUAUUUAAUGUUUAUUUAAUAUUCUAUUUUAAUAAUAUGAUAUACUGGUUUGCAUCCCCUCCCCCUUUUGGUUAAAUUUUCCUAAUCAGAUUUAAUGAUUUACUCAGGAAAUACAUUGUAUAUGCCUCUAUAUAAUGUUGCUGUGUACAUAUAUACACACACAGGGCUAUGUGUGUGAGAAUAUAUGUAUGUAUGUGUGUGUAUGUAAUGUAUGUUUGUAUGUGUACAUGUGUGGUGUCCAAAAAGUCUUAGGGUAGUUUUAGAACUUUAAUAUGCUUAAAACUGCAUUAAGGCUUUGGGGACACCCUGCCUAUAUACCUUGCAAAUGUAUGAACACAUAUAUAAAGUAUAUAUUUUUUUUGGAUGGGAAGGGAUGAUUGCAAAAUAUUUACACAAAGCUAACUAUAUACUAGGCUACCAAAGUUGUUUAAUUAAUUUGUUUUAGCAUGAGAAGUCAUAUUUAAUUACCCAAACUAGUCCCCAUGCUUGUGGCUUAGACAAUCAAAGUAUAUGUAUUAAUGUGAAUAUACAGGAUGAAAAAUUAGAAAGAAGUCUUGUCUACUUAAACUGUUUAGGACUAUUUUAAUGCUUUUACAAUCAUGUCUUAAUGUUUUGUCUUCAAAAUGCAUUUAAAAAACCAUGUAAUUUUCAUAGCUAUUAGAACCUUGGUGAAGUUUUCGUGGUAGACCCUGCAAUUCUCUUUUAAAGUCUGCAAAGGAAUUAUGUUAACGUGAAAAGACUGAAUAAUUAUUGUAAGAAAAAGUGCUUGAUAAGUCAGACACUUUAUGGAUUGAUGCAAUUUUGUUUCCUUAUGCUUUGACAAACAGUACGAUUUUGAAUUUAUGAAUAUCUCUAAACCAGAUGCUGUGUGUAUCACUGUUAAAGAGAAUUCUGUCUGUCUUACAGAAUAGUUAUUUGUGGAUUAGAGAAUGUAAAAUUCAUUAUGACUUAGAACACAAUUUCAUAGUGGUCUUUGGAGCUAAAAACAAUCCUUCCAGCUAUUUCUGAGCAUAAAUGGAAGUGGUUUUUCAGUCUCAGUCCAGUUUUUAAGAAAAUAGUAUUGAAGAGAAGUAUUCUGUAAUGUCAUCUCUCUAUGUUUCUAUGUGUGUCUGUGUGUGUGCAGCUUAUUUGCACUAUUUAAAUAAUUUCAGAAGGUGACUUAUGCUUUUGUGGGACAAAUGAACUAUUCAGCAUUUAGUGUUUACAACAUUUGACUUUAGGAUGGAAUUGAUCUUGCGUACAUAGCUAAAAAUCCAGAAAUUGAAGGCAGUGAUUUUCAUUUCUAUCCUAAAAUGCAGUUUACACAAUAAUUGUAGUUAAAGUAGACAUUUUAUGUUAGUGAAUGUAUGAGUGGAAUAGGUUGGUCUCAGUUUUAUUUGUGAUCAUUGUGAAGGAACGUAUCUUUAUAUCUUUAUAAUAUGUUUAAUGUGCCUUUGUAGUCUAGUUUUUUUAUAAAUAAGUGCAUUCUUGUUCCUAUAUUCGAUUGUUAUUUAAAAAUGCAUUUGAAGAGAUUACAGUGUAUUUGCUUUGAACUAUUACAGUUAGUAGCAGCUUAGAGUUUGACCCCCCCCUUGUGUCUGGCUAUAAACUCUUUAGCAGAGAGGUGAGACAUAGACCCAAUGGAAUUUUAACCACCUUCUGCUCUGUGUGCAGCAAAUUGGCCUUUAAUCCAUGAGAAGCAAAUAAGCAUGCUUAGAAGAUAGGUAUCAUUUUGAAGCUGUAACGUAUGUAAGAAUCUGUAGUUAGUAAUUGAUCUCUGGUGGUCCAGCCCUCUUUGGGGCUGCUGGCUACUACACUAUGGUUUUUAUAACUUCUUAGUACUCAUUUAGCAAUAAACUAGCGUAGAAUACAGUUUACACUCUGGUUUUUAGCAUAUAGAUAAAUGUUUGCGGUAGGUAGCAGUGUUGAAGAAGAAACACAAGGAGCUAUACUCUUAGUGGUUUUGUCUUUAAGAAUAGAUUAAACUGUAACUCAGCUGGAUUUUCCAUUAAAAAUGAAAAAAGGGAUUCACUUAAACUGCAAAGUUUGUUUUUUUUAAAUAUCUUUGCAAUACACUCUUCCUCUUGCAUUUUGAGGAUUGCCAUUUACAUGUAAUAAGAGUUGUAAGAAAGUCAUUUUAGUUAUCUUCUUUAAAAACAGAUUCCUGGUGCUUGAACUUUACAAACUGAGCUUGAACUUUCUAAUGCAUUUUUAUCAGUUAGAAAUGAAACAGAUAUCCAAUGUUGACCCUUUUUGCAAUGGAAGUGCUGGUAAAUCUGUCAUAAAGCCAGUCUAGCAAUAAUUCUAGGAAAUGCCUGGCUGUUUUACUUUCAGAUUCUGCCUUUAGCUUUCAGAUAUAUACUGAGGCCUGUGAUUUCAUUAGUGUGGAGACUUCCUCCACUGAUGCUUCCUUGCCUUUGGAGAUGGUUUCAGUAAUUUCUCUGGCCAAAAAAUGCAUCCCCUGAUCCAAGUGAGAUGAGGAGUCUGAGCACUGUGGAACAAGCCUUCCCUCCUCCUUCACUGGUGCCCAGGAACACCUGCCAGAGCUCCUGUUGUGCUGACUGGAGCAGCCUCAGAGGACCCAGGGUCACCUCUACCUCCCGAGGAGCCACAGGAAAUACUAAUGAAGGUGGAAUACCCACUUCUUUGAGAAAUGCCAGUAAUAAAAUUAAUUGGAUUUGCAAAGUCACACAUAUAGAUGUAAUUCUGUUGUAACAACAGUAUGUGUCUGUCUUGGGCUAGGAGAUCUUUGGCUUCCAGCCUGGUGGAAUGGAAAGAGUACCCAAAGUCCUUCCAGUUGCCCAACCUCUGAUUCAGGAGCAUAAUUAGAUUGAGAAAGACUUUCAUUGUUGGGGAUAGGAAAAAAUGUGGUUUAUCUCCACUUAUAAGUGGAUUUCUUUCUAUGGUUGUGUUUUGCAAAAAGAAAGGCUUUGGAGUUUUUUCUCUCCAGACAGUAUUUCUCAAGACAAGUCUGGGAGAGUCUCAAUAAUUUCAGGGGAAGUCUAAAAACUUUCCAUAAUAACACUAAGACAUUUUAGUUUCUACUCUAGUAAGUAUCAGUAGACAUAGUCCAUCUAAACAAAAGAUCUUUGAGGUCUCCAAUCGUUUUUAAGAGUGGAAGGGAUGUCCUAACACCAAAAUGUUUGAGAACCACUGCUGGAGAGCUCUACAGAUGUGGCCUUGAUACCUGGAAUGAUCUCUUAAGAAUGUUGCGCCUUCUUAGGAUCCUAGCCUUCGUGCUAGAAGGGAACUAGUGACAGCCUCUCAAUUUUCAGAGGGAGAAAAUGAGACCUAGAUGGUUGAGUGACUUGCCUAUCAUCCAGCUGAUGAGAAGCAGCCCUGGGAUUCAAACCCAGAGAGAUGGGCACUUGGCCUUCGUGGUGCGCCAUGCUGUUGCCUGGUCUUGUCCUGAUUUCUGUCUUUUAUUUGGACAGAAUCAUAGCCUUAAUUAAGGUCAUUAAGAUCUUGAUAUGCCAGUUGGCCUCUGUCUCGCGUACUAGCUUUUGGUCUUUUGCAAUAAAUAAGGCAAUCCACAAGCAUUUCUUAAAUGGUUAUUGUGCCAGAUGUUGUACAAGAUGUUACUGGACCAGAUGCUGAGGACAUAUACAUUAAAAAAACGAAACAAUCCCUAAUCAUAAGGAGCUUCUACUCUAAUAGGGAGACAGAUCUCUCUCUCACUGUCCUUCCCUUUCUUACCUUCCCCCCAAACCUCCCCGUUCCCUCCAUACAUGGAACUUUAAUAGCUGGCUCACCAGCCCCAUCCUUCUUCAGUUUCUGGUAUUUGUCUUAACUAUACCCAACUAUAUAAUGGUGACACCCAUUGACUGUGUGUGUGUGUUUUUAAGCAUUAAAAGCAGACUAGCACAGGAAUAGUAUAGUGAUAAGAGAGCCUCCCCUUAGGAGGCAGGGAGACCUAGGUUCAAAUCCUGUUUUUGACCUGUCCUUGCAGUGUGAUCCUGGUCAUGUCAUUUCAUUUCUUAGUGCUCGAAGUGCUUUUUGGGGUGUUAGCUGUUUUCGGUGUAAGGGAGAAGCACAUUGGGAGCUCCUUUAACAGUAAUCACUGGAUACUGAAAGAGUUUUUAGAGGUUAUCUUGGCCAGAUUCCCCUCAUUUUAUUUGCUGAACAGGUUUUUUAAAGCUAUACCGGUCACAGCUUUGGGACUGGAAAAGACAUUAGAGAGAAUCUAGGUCUGAUGGGCUAAAGUCUAGGUAGGUAGCAGGGCUGGGAUUUAAACCCGGGGCUUCUGAGUCCAAAUCAUGUUCAGUAAGUUAUAUGUUUGUUAAAUAUGUGAGAGAAACUGAUCAGUGUAAGGAAAUAAAAGGAAAAAAGUUCUCAACAGAUUUUAAUUUCCAAUGAAGUUUCUUUAUGCCUAUUAAUAACUGGAUGACCUUCCCCACAGCCCCACCUGCCCCCUUCCUAAAUCAAGCUAUUUCUGGGAUACCUGGGAAGACAAUUAAUUUUGCUUUUAUUUUUAUAACAAAUAUAAAGAUUUAUGGAUCUAGCUGUAAUAAAUUAUUUGCCAUAAAUAUUUUACCCAUAUGAGGUUAAUCUUAUUUGCUCCAAAUAGAUUUUACAUUUUUCCUGGAAAAAUAAUUUUGAAGUACGUUUUGAAACUGAAUGUUUUUACUUUGCACCAUCAGAAACAUUGAAGUAUUUCAUGUUAAAUAAAACAAGAUGUAAAUUUUGUUAUCUUGUAUUAUUUUUUUUCUUAGAACAACCUUAACUGUUAUUGAAAUUUGAAAAAAAAAUCUUACUACUUCUACCUCUUCUAACUUUUCUUGGAAAGUUCUCUGGAAAGCACUGGAGGCCUCCUGCAUUUUUAAGAAAAAAGAUACAUUAUGUGUACCUGUGCAGACCUUGAGUUAUCCAUUUGGUAGUCCCUCUUCCUUUUUCUAGACUUUAAUUGUACUGUGUUGUUUUUUUGCCAACAGACUGUUGUUGGGAAGAUGCUGGAGUUGACUUCUCCCAUAAGCCUCUCCUUGACCUUUGAACUGAACUACACUUUAUUCAAAUUACUCUAGGGGGUGUUCAGGCAGUAAUGCUUUGGAAUGACCUUAAAAUGUAUUACCUUGCUCAUUGUAUUCUAAGGCCUUGGUUGGAUGCAUUCUUUUCCAUUGGGAACCUCUCAUUUUAACUAAUGAAGCCUUAUUUUAAAAACUAUAAACCUCUUAUGAUAUAAUGUGUGCUAUGAUCUACGUUUCUGCCAAAGGCAGGCUUGAGAAGAUCCUGUAACUAAAGAUAGGGUUGUGUCAUUUUAUAACAUUUUUUGUGUUGAUGACUUUUCGUAUUUAAAUUUGUUCUGUGGGUAUCUUGCCUCGCUGAUGCACCUGUUGUUUGGGUCCAUUUGAUUUUUAUAUUUUCUAUUUGAUACCUGCCCAUUGGUGUCUGCUAUUGUUUCUUAUAUGAUUUGGGGGGAAGUAUUUGUCACAGAAAUAAUCUGUUCCUGUUAACCUUUCAAUCCUCAAAAUUAAAGUGUUUCAUAUCAUUAAA